UCAAGUGAAUGUGUUUACACACAAAUUCUCGGACGAUUGAUAGAACAUCUAGCUCAAAAUGAAACUCUUCGUUUUCCUUUUGUGCGCAAGUUUCGUGUGGUCACUGCCAAAUAAAAAACCUACAAAUUUAAAAACAUUACCUGGUCCACGCAUAAUUGGCGGUUCAGAAGCAAGAACUGGCCAAUUUGUAUUUGCUGCUGCCAUUUACACGACCACUCUUGGAGGCAACUACUUCUGUGGAGGUACUUUGCUAUCAGAUCAGUGGGUGCUGACAGCUGGCCAAUGCGUUGAUGGAGCGGAGUUGUUUGAUAUCCACUUGGGGACCAAUCUUUUAAAUGGGGAUGAUCCGUACGCUGUAAGGGUAUCUGCAGACGAAUAUAUUCUACAUCCAGAGUAUGAUCCGCUUAGUUUGGAUAACGACAUUGGAUUAAUUUGGCUUCGUUUACCAGUGGAAUUUUCUGACUAUCUGAGACCUGUUGACUACUUACCUUUCGCUGAAUUACCCACUUCUAGCUCCGGUAUGGCUAUCGGAUGGGGUCAAAUUUCAGAUGAUGAUCCAGGACUUGUCAAUGAUCUUCGUUGGGUAUACGUCACUUCGUUAUCUAAUGUUGAAUGUAAAACAGUUUAUGGUAACCAAAUUACAGACAGUAUGGUUUGUGUUGACGGAAACUAUAAUGAAGGAACAUGCAUUGGUGAUACUGGUAGUCCUUUGGUACAAAUUAUCAGUCGAGGACACACAGUGGUUGCAGGCAUAGCAAGCUUUGUCAGUAUGAAUGGUUGUGAAAGCACAGACCCAUCUGGAUUUACGAGAGUUUUCGCAUAUAAUGACUGGAUUAGGAACAUAACGGGUAGACCAUAAAAGGUUGAAGUCAAAAAAUAAAUAAGUACUCAAAACAAGAA